UCCAGGCGCUUCUUCCGGGUGGGGCCCCAGGCGGAGGAGAUGGCGCCGUGGGCGCUCCUCAGCCCUGGGGUCCUGGUGCGGACCGGGCACACUGUGCUGACCUGGGGGAUCACGCUGGUGCUCUUCCUGCACGAUACCGGCCUUUGCUCAGCCAGGGACAGACUCUCCACCUUCAGCUACAUCCCGCUACACAUAGCCUCCUCCUGUUCGCCUCCAGCCCCAGCCUCACUCUCCUUCUCCGGCCUCUCCAGCGCUGCGGCAGUGGGAAGAGCAGGGGGAGCUGCUCCUGCCCCUUACCUUCCUGCUCCUCGUGCUGGCCUCCCUGCUGCUCUACCUGGCCGUGUCGCUCAUGGACCCGGGCUAUGUGAAUGUCCAGCCCCAGCCCCAGGAGGAGGUCAAGGAGGAGCAGACAGCCAUGGUUCCUCAAGCCAUCCCCCUUCGGCGCUGCAGAUACUGCCUGGUGCUGCAGCCCCUGCGGGCCCGGCACUGCCGCGAGUGUCGGCGCUGCGUGCGCCGCUACGACCACCACUGCCCCUGGAUGGAGAACUGCGUGGGGGAGCGCAACCACCCGCUCUUCGUGGCCUACCUGGCGCUGCAGCUGGUGGUGCUUCUGUGGGGCCUGUACCUGGCAUGGUCUGGCCUCCAUUUCUCCCAGCCUUGGGGGCUAUGGCUGCGGUCCAGUGGGCUGCUCUUUGCCACCUUCCUGCUGCUCUCCCUCUUCUCUUUGGCGGCCAGCCUGCUCCUCGCCUCACACCUCUACCUGGUGGCCAGCAACACCACCACCUGGGAGUUCAUCUCCUCGCACCGCAUUGCCUACCUCCGCCAGCGCCCCAGCAACCCCUUUGACCGCGGCCUGACCCGCAACCUGGCCCACUUCUUCUGCGGAUGGCCCUCAGGGUCCUGGGAGACUCUCUGGGCCGAGGGAGAGGACGAGGAGGAGGAGGGCAGGAGCCAGGCUGUUUAGGGUCGCUGGAGGCCAGGCCGCCAUCUUGUGCCUCAAAACCAGAGAGGAUGUGCCCCGCUGGGGUCGGCCCUCAGAGAGCCUGAGGUUCUUCACUCCUGCCUGUUCCUCCCAGGCCUCAGAGCCGAGCUGAAUGACAGGACCCCUGCCUCAGUGGGCAGUUCUGCCCUCCAAAGGAAGAAGGGGAGGCAGAGGACCUGUUGGGGGGCUCGGGCACCAGCGACCUGGGCUUCAGAGACCUCCCACCCCGCCUCCGACGCCAGGAUGCCUCCAGAGGGCACAGUUUUACUAGUUUAAUAAUCCAUAAAGCAAGUCAAGUAUUAAAAAACCAAACCAAACUGCUCCUUGCUGUGCUGCCCUUUCUGGUCCAGGUCUCCCAGGGGGGUGGGGAGCUCCCCACAACAGCCCCACCACUGCCACUUCAAGGCCCAAGACCCCCGAAGAACCCGGCAAGGC